GAUUCGGUGUAAACAAAGCGGAGCAGCAGCCGGGAGACUGAUGGAGUUAACCCGGGUGAAACCUGAGCUAAACUGACGCAUUAGUCCCUCUGUCCGGAUAAGGAGCCCAAUGUAAUGGAGCGACGCUUCAAAUAAACCGGAAAUAUGUCGAUGGAAGAUCCGUUCUUCGUGGUUAAAGGUGAAGUCCUGAAGGCAGUGAAUGCAGCACAGAGCCUCCAUCAUAGAUGGGGUGAAUUGUUGCAGGAAGGAGGCGGAGCCUCAAAGGAAGAACUGGACUGGACCACCAAUGAGCUGAGGAACAGCUUGAGGUCCAUUGAGUGGGACCUGGAGGACCUGGACGAGACCAUCAGCAUCGUGGAGUCCAACCCUAAAAAGUUUAAUCUGGACGCUCCUGAGCUGAUGAAGAGGAAGGCCUUCAUCAGCAGCACCAGAGCCACGGUCAAGGAAAUGAAAGAGCAGAUGUCAAGUCCAGCUGCUGCCUCUGAAAGGAAGAACAAACAGGCUCUGCUUGGAGAACGUGGCGCUCAGGGUCCAAUCUGGCAGCCGGGUCCUGAUAAAUUCAGCCGACUGGACAAACAGCUGCAGAAUGCCAACUCUCAGUUUAUUGAGGAGCAGCAGGUGCAGCAACAGCUGAUUGCAGAGCAGCAGGAUGAGCAGCUGGAGCUCGUGUCGGGAACAAUCGGAGUCCUAAAGAACAUGUCAGAGAGGAUUGGCAUGGAGUUAGAUGAACAAUCCGUGAUGUUGGAUGACUUCACUCAUGAGGUGGAUAACACUCAGACCAAACUGGACAAUGUCAUGAAGAAGCUGGCUAAAGUGUCUCACAUGACCAGCGAUCGGCGACAGUGGUGUGCUAUCGGAGUCUUACUCGCUAUCCUCUUUGUGGUCAUCCUCCUUUUCUUCAUUCUCUGAUCCAUCUUCGUACACUCGUCAGCACACUUGUCGUCUUACUGCUGUGUCUACUGGACUCUACUGGACUUUGAACUAUAUUAGUCUCUACUGGACUCUGCUGAACUCAACUAGACUCUGCUGGACUAUACUGGACACAGCUGGACUGUAAUGAAGCUCUAUCAGACUCUGGUGGUAUCCAUUAGACCCCACUGGACUACACUGGUCUCUCUUGGACUCUACUAAACUCUUCUAGACUCUACUGAACUCUUCUGAAGUAUGCUGGACUCUGCUUGACUCCUAGCUCUACUUGACUCUGCUACUCUCUUCUGGGCCCUGCUGGUAUGUACUAGACUCUACAGGACUUCACUGAGAUUAAGUGGACUCUUCUGGACCCUUCUGAGCAUGUGAGUCUCCAUUAGACACUACAGGUUUCUUUUGGUCUCUAAUGAAGUCUCCUGGUCUGUACUCAGCUCUUUUGGACUUUACUGCUCUCCUUUGGACUCUACUGGAGCCUAAUUAACUUAAUCUACUCUGCUAAACCCUUCUAUUGGACUCUAAACCUUACUGGAUUCUACUGGUCUACUCUUUUAGACUUUACUUGACUCUAACACACUCCUGGACACUGCUGAACCCUACUGGUAUCUACUGGUCUCUGCUGGACUGUAACAAACUUUACUAGACUCCACUUGGCUCCACUGGACUCAGCUCAGUGUUUCCUGGAAUCUGUAGGUAUCUGCCAGACUCCUGGACUCUGCUGCUCCUUAACUGGACUUUACUGGUCUCUGUUAAACCCUUCAAGUCAGUAAUUGACUCUACUGGUCUCUGUCGGUCUCUAGUAAACUAUAUAGACUCUACUGGACUCUCUUCUCUCUAUUGGCCUUUACUGAAAUUUCCUCUAGUCUACUGGACUUUACUGGUUUCUUUUAGAUUCAACUGAUCUCUCCUUGACUGUCCUCGACUAUGCUGAACUAUACUCUUCCACACAAAUGAGCUUUAUUCUUUAUUCUUUGAGCAGAGGUCAAAGGUCAAACUGGUGAAAAAAAAUCCUUUUUCUAAUUUUGGAAAACAGUUACCUUUGUUUUAUAUGCUUUAUUUAAAGAACUGAAAAAAACAUUAAAACUCCAAACAAACUCCAGUAAAAUCAUCAUGAAAACUCCAGUUUUAUCACAAUUAAAACUCCAGUUUUAUCACCAUUAAAACUCCAGUAAAAUCACAAUGAAAACUUCAGUAAAAUCACCAUUCAAACUCUGGUAAAAUCACCAUUAAAAUUCCAGUAAAACUCCAGUAAACUCACCAUUAAAACUCCAACUAAUCUUCAGUAAAAUCACCAUUCAAACUGCAGUUAAACUCCAGUAAAAUCACCAUUGAAAUUCCAGUAAAAUCACCAUUAAAACUCCAGUAAAAUCACUAUUAAAACUCAAGUUAAACUCCAGUAGAAUCCCCAUUAAAACUGCAGUUAAACUCCAGUAAAACACCAUUCAAACUCCAGUAAAAUCACAACUAAAACUCCAGUUAAACUUCAGUAAAAUUACCAUUCAAACUGCAGUUAAACUCCAGUAAAAUAAUAAUUAAAACUCCAGUUAAACUUGAGCUUGGUGCUCAUUUUAACCUCUUCACUUUUAUCAAUUUUAAAGUCUUAAUUCCACUUCAAAUCAUUGAACUGUUAGCCUCUUUAUGGUGAACUUUAAUGAAACAUCAUUUAUCUAAUCUAAACAGUUUAAUCUGGAUCAACUAGCACAACCAGUUUAUCCCGGUUUAAAAGGUUAAAGCAGUUCAUCCAGUUUAACCAGUGUGAGCUGGUUUAACAUUAAUAUAACAGCCGAUUUAACCUUUUACUUAAAAUGAGCUGAAACACUAGUUUAAAAUAAUGUAUGACACUAAAACUCCUGUUUACAGUUUUUUUGUUUGUUUAUUUGAUUGUUUGUUUGUUUGGACAUGAAAAGACUGAAUUCUUAUUUUGUUGUUUUAUUUUUUAUGUUUCCUCACAGUUUAAGACUUCCGUACCAUAUUGUUAUUUUAUGGAUUGAUGGACUUUGCUUUGUUGACUAUAUGAUAGUUUAAACCAGAGACUUCCUCUGGCUGCUUCACAAUAAAAGCCUUUCCCACCUAACCCUGGAAGGCUUUUAAUUUGAAGCUUUAGCAGCAAAUGCAGUAUUGGAAGAGAAAGGAGGCUUCACACUGGCUUGGGUUAAAAUGAAGGGGACAGAUGUGCUGGAGACGAAUAAGUCAAUCAUUUCAUCCCAAAAUCAGCGGUACGCACAACGGUUAUUUCCUGUUUGUGUUUAACAAAAUUAAACCACAGUGUCUAGAGGGCUUAUGAAAAUUCAAAUCAUAAAAAUACAACAAUAAGCAAGGAACAUUGUAAAUGUUGAAAAGUAACACCUUUUCUGCUAAUAUUUCUCCAACAUAGUUUUAGUUUUUUGUUUUAGGUUUCAGUGUAUUUAAUAUUAAUCAAUGUUUCAUUUAACGAAACAAUCACGGAGCCCUAGAAUGAUAAUAAUAGUCAUAAUAAUGAGCUUAAGAAAAUAAUAAUAAUAAUAAUAAUAAUAAUGAUAAUAAAUUAAUCCAUGUUUCAUGUAACAGAACAAUCAUGAAGCCCCAAAAUGCUAAUAAUAGUCAUAAUAAUGAGCUUAAGCAAAGAAUAAUAAUAAUAAUAAUAAUUAAUCCAUGUUUCAUUUAACAGAACAAUCAUGGAGCCCUUAAAUGCUAAUAAUAGUCAUAAUGAUGACAUUAAACUAAUAUUCAUAAUAAUAAUUAUAAAAAUAAUAAUAUUUAAAAUAAUUAUGAUAACCACUAAGUAUUUUGUUGAGUUGUCCUGAAUUAAACACCAGAACAUAUUAAUGACUGAAUCAAGGCUGAAUGAAGAGUUAAAACUUAGUUACUGAUGGAUAAAUGAUGAAAAUUUUGUUUCUUUUUGUUUCUGAGUGAAGUUUUAAUGUCUGCAGCUAAAAUGUAUUUCAGCAAACUGAAAAUAAAGACUGACUGUAAACACUGA